AUGACCGUGGUGAUACAGCCACAGCCCACUGCGCCCACAGCGACAGCCAGACUCGACACAUCGUUGCAACUUCCCAUUGCCGACCUUUCUCCAUCGCAAUCCAGUCCUGAUGCCCACAUUCUAGCCCAGGUCGCUCUUGUAUGGCCUUAUUCCAGCUCAACGGGGACAAUCGCCUUGCUGUUAGCCGACCCUGACAUUCGCCGGCGGAAAUCCAAUGGCCAGGUCAAGGCCGUGUUCCGCAAUGGGUGUGCAAAGGAGGUUGCAAAGUCCAAAGUGGGUAUUGGGGAUACUAUGAGGCUUGCAUUGGUCGGCUGUGAGUGGAAAGAGACGGGGAAUAUGGUUUCUACACCUGGCAAGAAGAUAAAAUGGGAUCUGGAAUACAACGCCCGUGUUUUUCUGGAGAUUCUUAGAGGCGAGAAAGAGACGGCUACGGUUGAAUUCACGGGAAAAGAGGCCGAUGCUUCAACUUCGAAUGGAGACGACAUCCAAUCCAAGUUAGACGGCGCAAUUGACAGUCGAUCCAGCACGAUUCCUGUCCCGUAUCUGACACCCCGGAAGUCAGUUGGAAACCAUCUCACCGAAACCUUUAUUGAUGCUGCUCUGGACUCCUUGGCAGAGGAUGACGGCUAUGUUCUUGGACGCGGUCGGAAGCGUACCAAAUUCGCCAGAAGCAGUGGAGCAUGGAGUCUCGUCGAUCUGGAAGCCGAAAACCAUCCAGAAGAGGUUGGGAAAGCUGAUCUGGACGAUGAAGAUACCGUGCGGGCUCAGAGCCCUAAAGCCCAGGACGUCGAUUUAGCACCUAAUCCAGCUGCUUUUGACGGACGGCAUCAAACAAUACCUCAGACGGUCACCGAGGUCUCGAAAGAGGCUGAGCACCAAUACCCCCGGGUUCAGACAGUCGAAGAAAACAUAGGCGACCUCUCGGGUCCGGUUUCGCCUGCUGAACCAACACCUUCUCCUAUUGUGACCGAACCACUGGUAAUGGGCCCGCCCCAGACGCCGAUCAGAGCUCCUGCUCUUCUGCAAUCGGCGAUGAAUAGCAUGGAUGACUUUGACGCCAGUGACAGCUCAGAGGCCGCGACAACUCCUCGACUGUUGCCUAUACCAUCACCGAGUCUCCCUCUCGUGUCUCCUUUAGUCCAUCGUUCAGGAGUUCUAAUCGGAUAUUUUCCGCCAUUAGACACAAGCAUAUCACAAUUGGACGCGUCAAGUGAAAGGGAAACCGAGACUGCUGUCCCAGUGACAGACACCGCAGACUUGACUAAUGGGCUAUUACCCCAUUCUCAUGAGUCGCCGGUUGUUGCAGCGGAUACAUCACCAUCCGAGAAACCAGAUGAGAGCCUCGGGGCUAACCUUGACGCACAUGCAGAUGCUGUGCUGGCUUCUCACGAAACUCAAGUACCGUCCGAACACCCAGAAACCGGGGGGAAAACUGCCUACGAAGCGCCCCAAUGGCUUUCGUCACUGGAGUCUACCAUUGAUCGAGAGCUUCUCCUUUCACAAGAUCAGCCAGCUCCUCACAAUAUAUCCCAGCACAAUAAUCGAGCCGUUGAUGUCGAGGAUGAUGAUCUGUAUGGUGCUCCGGCUGAUGCAGCAGAUGUCGACCCUUCAUUCGCGACGUCGCCUCCUGUUGGACGCCCGAGCAGUCCGCUGGAUGUCCUCGAACAGUUUCAGCAAAUAUCUCCAACGACAGCCGCCGGCUUUUCGGUCCCUCUCAAAUCGGAUGAUGGGCAAAAUGCACCAAAUACGCCGCAGCAGGAUGCGUCCCAGGACAUGGCCAUAAAAUCUCCACAGGAAGGCAUUGCACCAUCCACAAACUCGAACCGAUCCCCUGGCAGAUAUCCUGAACCACAGUCGCCAUUUAGACAGAACCGACAACACCAAGCGAGUCCUGUCAAAUCAACUCAUACUCUUUCGAGACAAGCCUCACGAUCGCAAUCACUCGAUGGACAUGUGGACAGGCAGGAGAUUUUCGGGGAAUACAUCAACCAUCUUGCUCAGCUUUCUGCCCAUUCAAAGACCUCCAGGCAGCUGGUGCCCAAUGCCGAGUCUUCACACGAUGGCUUUCAGGGUGAAACGCAGGUAGAAACGCAGGUAUUGGGGACCACCAAAGUUGAUGACGAUGCUCAUGUCAAAUCUUCCGAAUAUGGCUUGAAAGAGAUAAGGCAGAUCACAUUUCAGGCGACGACGACAGACGAAGUCAAUGAGGAACCCCAGCACCCUUCCGCUACAUCAAACGAGUUGAAGUCUAAGUCUUCUCGAAUGGAACAUAUCCAUACGCACGAGCAUUUUGCACAGUUGCCAACACCAGAUCAGUCUCAGGUACAGCGUUCGUUAUCUGAGCCCGAAUCCCCUAAAUCAGUUCGAGAGUCGGUUGAGGUUGGAUUUCCAUCACCGCGCUAUACACAAGACGACAUCGGUGGCGAAUCACAACAAUCUGCCCUUCCCUUGCUGCAGGAAAUGACUCAAGUCGCCGAUGAGGAUUUAGAGGCAGUGGAGGUUGCAUCGAGCGGAACAAGACCAGCUGCGCAAGCUGAAGGAGCAGAUAUUGGGCAAACAGGUCAGUCGCAACAGACUCAGAAGGAAUCGCCCGCCGCAAAGGGACCCCCUGCGCAACCCGCCAAGGCAGGCACGAGCCCUGCAAAUGCCAGGCCUACCUCUGUCUCACACUUUGAUACACUCACACUCCAUCAAAGCUCCCCACCAUUUUCCGCCGAACAGUCUACCAUGCCGGCGAAUGUAUCUAGUCUGCAUUUCACCCCAAGCAAAGUUACCCGACAACAUUCGUCAUCGCCAGCUCGAAAAGAGAAUGUGAAUCCCGCAAGAGACGACAGUGCUUUCCUGUCGUUGCCAAUGGAAAGGCAAAUCGAAGCACCUCUUGCGUCGGCAGCGCGCCAAGAAGUCGAAAAAGCGUACCUCGAUAUCACCUCUGCUUCUCCGGACCUCACGGCGAACGGAUCGGAACUCAGCAGAGGCACGGGGAUUAGGACGUCUUUUUCAUACCUCUUUCAUUUGCGAUCGUUGCAUACACUGUUUGGUCAGAUUUUAGAUGUCAUUGCUGUGUGCACAGAUGCUUCGUCGGAACCAGAACAGUCGAAAACAGGGCGGAGAGAUUUCCACACUGCACUAAAACUCGCGGAUCCUUCGAUUGUGUCUGAGACACACUCACCCAUAUCUGCUCAAGUAUUUCGACCUGUUAGGACAGCACUCCCCAUGACCCGUCGCGGCGAUGUGGUCAUUCUUCGCAACUUCAAGGUCCAGACCUUUAAUAGACAGUUCAUGCUGAUGAGCACCGACACGUCUUCGUGGGCGGUGUUCAAACCCACAGGCGGCGUGACCAUGUCAUGGUCAGAGGUGGCUAUCUCUGGCCCUCCUCUGGAGUACGGAGCCACCGAAACAACCCUCGUCAGGCUUUUAUUUCGUUGGUGGAACAUGAGUGGACAAAAAUUGUUCGAUGUUGAGCCUGCGCCACAAACUGCACCUCUGAUGGUCGAAAACGGCUCUCCCAACCUUCAUUACAGCUCUCCCAGAUUCAAAGAGGAACCACGGCCCAGCCAUCAAGCGGGUCCAAGUGACGACUUUGGCAACGAGGGCGACAGUCCCGAGACUUUGCGAUCCCUCGCUGCAGAACCGGAAGCGAGCAUCAACGACGAAGCUGCCAAUAGCGGAGACAGACACGAGGUCACGCCGCAACUAGCUAACAAGACGGACAGCAUUCCUCGUAGCGGUGAAACAUCAAACGUCUACCUACGGCGAUCGAGCCGUCGACAGGCCAACGAGACUGACAACUUCGGCAACGAUGGAGAUGGGGACGGGGUCUUGGUCGAUGAUGACUGGGCACAAAAUAUCCCUCUCUCCGACAGGUCCAACCGGCGCAGAGGGUCGACGAUUUCCACAGCCCCCUCUGAACUGGGAAGAUCUUUCACUCCGCGACGUAGUGCGAGACGUAGGAAGUCUCCCAGUCUCGUGCAUGAGUUGCGGGACGGGACCAGAUAUGUGGAUGUAGACCGAAGGAGGAGUGGAAGUCUUGUGCACGAGUUGAGAGACGGGGUAACCUAUGUGGACGAGUAG